AUGGCUCAAGAAACCAAACUGCUCUUGGUCCUUUGGCUAGCUGUGGCCUGUUCUGGGCCUUGUGAUGGAAACCCAUGCAAAGAUGGGAGCACCUGUGAGCCUCGUUUCAAUGAAACCCAUGUGUGCUUGUGUUUUGCUGGUGACUAUAAUUAUACGGACAACAUAUGUGUAACUGCCAAAAUCUUCCCUGGAAAACUCAUCCUGAAUGACAUAGAAUACGAUGACAAAAUAUGUGGAUUUGGUUUUUCUGGUGAAAACUGCAAAGAUGCAUGGCAGCUGGCGGUGGUCGUCGUCGGCUCCGUGCUCGGGGUCACGCUGCUCAUCGUGGCCAUUGUUCUUCCUAUAUUGGCAAGCAAAUCCUCAAAGAGCUCCAAGAUGGACGCAAGUGCUGACCUGGGGAAGCCUUACGUCAGCCACCCUCCCGCCCAGCAACCGAUGGUGAAUAGCAACUUCGCUAAAAGCCAGGCGGCCUCGUUUAACGGGCCGGCCAAUGGGCUGUCGCCCUUUGCCAACGCCGGGUUUCCUCGGAUCCCAAGGGCCACAACCACAAACAGCUGGGACAGCAGAACCAACCUGGAGAUGAAUCUCAGUAACAGCCGACAGAACCUGAUCCCCGCGGGGAGGAACUCGCGGUUCCGUGACGACGAUGACGACAUGAACCCAAACGCUCAGGUUCGACCUCAGGGCGGCCAAUACGCUCCAACUCGCCCCCAGAACAAUCCCUACGCCCAGAACCACGCUCAGAGCAACCCGUACGCUCAGAGCCAAGGCAACAGCAACCCGUACUACACGCACGACAACGGAAGGAGGUUCAAUUAAGGGGGAAGCACCCAGUUUGAUCCUAAAGUGACAUUUGCCCAGAUCAAAAACUGGCUGUAGUUUUUUUUUUUU